CUCAAAUAAAAUCUAAAAUAAGAAAUCAAAAUUGUCGUCAACGCUCAGCAUUCAAGAUCUGCAAUAGAGACUUUGCUCGCCGGAGCUUCGGAAAUCGUCAAUCAACAAAAAAGCUCAAAUCAUCGCCUCAUAUACUUUCACCAUAUCGGGCCAACAAAAAAGGAAGAUGAAGAGCCAAAGAGAAAACAGAUCUGCUGCCCUCCUUGUUAGAUUUUCUACCCUCCUUGCUAGAUCUAUUGUCGUCCUUGCCGGAUCUGUUGGCCCGCCCCACCCCAGGUGUGCUUGUGCUCCACCACAGAGAGAGGAGAGAAGAAGAGUAGAAGAAGAAAAUAGAAGAUGAAGACGAGAAGAAAAUCAAAGAGAAGAUGAAGCCCCGCCACAGACAUGCAAGAGAAGAUGAGAGAAGGAGAUGAUGAAGAUGAGAAGAAAUUAUAGAAGAGGAUGAAGAGAUCGUAGAGAGUUUGAGGAUGAAGAAAAGAGAAAUGGGGGAGAGUUGCAUCGGAAAUCAUUUUCUGUUCAAGAUAACUACCUCUUUGCAAGUGCACAAUUAUGUCUUCUAGAAUGAAUAACGAUAGAAGUUGGAUGAAUUGGGAGACAUAUAGCUGUAGAACAAAGCCAGAAUACAUAAAUGGGGUAAAAGAUUUUUUGGAUUUUGCAUUUGCUCAUGCAUCAAAAGAAGGAAAGAUAAGAUGUCCUUGCAUAAAUUGUGACAAUUAUAACCAUCAAAAUAGAAAAACUGUUCUCUUUCAUUUGUUAAAUGAUGGAAUAGUUAGAAGUUAUAAUCCAUGGGAUUUUCACGGUGAAAAGUCUACGCAUGAAGAAAAUUGUAAUAAUAGUGGAGUUGAAACAACAGAAGGCAAUAACCUAAAUUCUAAACAGCCUACAAUAGAAGAUGCUAAUGAAACAUAUGCCAUGCUACAUGACAUGACAUAUACUAGAGCAUUUAACAUAGUGAAUGAACUUGAAAGGUUAAGUGAUCCAGAGAUUAGUGAGUCAACAGAGUUGCUUGAGAAAUUUGAAAUGGAUCCUCUUCCUAAGCCAUUGUCUGGGGAUGAUGUGCUUGACCAAAUUGGUGAUAGAGAGAACUUUAUGUUUGCUCAACCUGAAGGUUCAAUAGCCGAAGCAUAUAUUGCAGACGAAUGUCUUACUUUCUGCUCGAGGUAUUUGCAUAGGGCUGAGACAAGAUUUAACCGCCUUGAAAGGAAUGAGGAUGGUGGUAAAACACAGCAUCAAGUCAUAUCAGUUUUCUCAAAAUUUGGAAAAACUAUUGGGCAUGGCGUUGUCAAAUCAUUAUCUUUUGAAGAUUGGGAACGUGCUCAUCUUUAUGUGCUAAGGAACUGUGAGGAAGUUCAUCCUUUCACUGAGGAGUACGAAAGUAAAAAUCCACAUCCAUCUCGUUCAUCUAGUUUCCCGGAGUGGUUCGAAAGUCGAAUUACUCAGUUAUGGAAUCAACAUGAUAAAAAAGGAAGUUAUGAUCUACUAGUUUUGGCACAACGUGUCAUGGUAAAGGGUGAUGUGCAUAGUGGUGGGAAAGAUUUCUAUGGUGUGCUAAAUGAGGUGGUCGAACUUGAGUAUGAUAGUAAACACAAGGUGGUUCUAUUUAAAUGUGAGUGGUAUGAUGUGUUUGCUGAAAAUCUUGGAAUAAAAGCAGACACAUUUGGCAUAAAUUCGGUUAAUAUUAGUCGAUAUCUUAAAACGAAUGAGCCUUAUGUCUUAGCUUCUCAAGUGCAACAAGUGUACUAUGUGAAUGAUCAUGCACAUCGAAAUUGGCGAGUUGUUUUGAAAACAAAUCCACAUAGCUUUUACGAUGUACCUGAAGAAGAUGAAGAAGACACAUUUUUCAUAGAACCAUCUGUGGACACUGAAGAUGCAUAUAUCCCGACGGAUUCUCAAAGAAUAACAUCAUUAGUCAGGGAUGAUGUGGAUGCUAUUGUAGUGGAUGCCAAUGCUAUGACUCAACAGAAGCAACGUCACCACAAGAAACAAAAAAUAGUAGGUCCUAAUGAUGAGAGUGGCUCCAGCUCAAGCUCAACAUUAUUUCACGUUUUUGCUUGUGUGCUCGUGUAAUAUCACAGUAAAUUGUUCAUUUAUGUAAUAAAUAUAAGUAUACUAAUAUGUUUUUGGUUUAGAGAACGUAUGUAUAUCACAGGUGAUAGCUUGAGAAGUAAAGCAAGAUCUAACAAAAAUCGGAUGUCAUCCAAGGAUAUCUUUACCAUGCGGAAGACAACAGAUUAUGAAAGGCAAAGGGAACUCAAUAUUGAAAGAAACAAUAAGAGGUUUCAGGAACUUGGGAUACCUGCGUUAGGUUCAUCAUUGAAAAGAGUCAAAGCAAAUGUUAUUGAGAAUAAUGUUGUUGAUGGGGAUGAUGAGUAUGUUCCAACAUACGAGGAGAGAAUGCAUGCUAAAGAUGAUGAGAGUAUUGCCUUAAAGAAAAACAGCACAUUGAAGACUUCAUUUAAAAACCCAAUCUCUCGACAAACCUCAAGUUCUAAGCCUCAUACUCAAAUGAUCUUUUCUGAUGAAAUGUUUGAAGCCUCUUCGAAUCCGGAAAUGACCAACCUUACAACAAGCAUGGGGCAUAUUACAAGAGGAAAAGAAACAUGUGUGUCUGGAGUAGAAAGGCUUAACCAACAUCGCAUUCAUGGAUAUAAUUUGAAUGGAGGUGCAUCUGAAAGACAAGCUUCAAUAACAAGAUCAACCACUUCACAGAAUGAUUUUGUUAGAGUCCAUGAAAGAGAAGAAACAGGUAUGUUUGAAGUAGAAAGCCUUAACCAACAUCAUACUCAUGGAAGUAAUUUCGAUGGAGGUGCAUUUGAAAGACAAGCACCACCAACAAGAUCAACCACUUCACAGAGAGAUUUUCUCAGGGUCCAUGAAAGAAGUAGUGGUCUCUCACGGUACAUUUUCUCAGGGUACAUUUCUAGAACAGAUUAUUUCGAAAAUGAGACCAAGCUCCUCUCCGUUUUGUCCCAAUUACUCUGAUCAAGGGUGAAUAUGAAAGAUGUCAUUCAGUUUCUAUGACUUUUGGUGGAAUUACAUUCGAGAUAGAUGUGACAAGAUAAAAUGAAAAGAUGAAGUUUAA